AUGUCUGCGCUGUAUACAACGCGGAGUGCCGCGGCUAUAUUCUUAGUGGACUCCCAAGGAACAGAGCUGGGCCAGCUUUACAUCGCUCGCGGUGCUCCGUCCUUCUUUGGCAACUCGUAUUUUGGACACCAAGUGGCCGCAAGUAUGAUUCAUGAGUCAGCCCCGGACCUGCCUCCAAUGAGUCUCUUAUCCACAAAGGAUUCUCUGCAGUCUUUCAGAAACGAUUCUGGCCCUUUUUCGCAAGUGUGGGAUCUGCUUGGUCUUCUGCCACGCAAUAAAGUAACAGUCGAUAGACUGAUUGAAAGAUUCCUAACUGAAAUCAACUGGGCUAUCGAUACGGUCCAUCCAGAUACGUUUAGGCACCAAUUUGCUGAGUUCUGGGGCAGGAAAUUUGGGUUUGAUGAAAUUGCCGGCGUUGAUCUUCGUUGGCUGGCACUACUUUUCAUUAUUCUUGCUUUCGGCGUGCUUUUGGAGGACCCAAAAAUUUACUCACCGGAAAAGCGGAAAGAGAGCGAGGAGGCUUCUCUCAGAUUUUACUGGGCUUCUAGAAGGGCCAUUGUCAUUUCACCUUCGUUCCACGGGGAGAGUUUGGACCUUGUUCGGGCUGGUCUGAUGGUCACUCGUUAUUUGCUUUACACUCGCCAAAUAGCGGAAAGUUGGUUGACUAUAAGCUUUGCUAUGCGAAUGGCGCAAGCACAAGGCAUGCAUAUCGAUGGGGAGAAGUGGGGGCUGUCACGGAAAGCCACCGAGGUUCGACGAAGACUCUGGGGAAACCUAUACAUGUUGGACAAGACAAUUGCUCUCGCCCUUGGCAGGCCAUAUGCGAUAUCGGACCACAUGUGUCUCAUCAAUCCGCCUGAGAAUAUCUGGCUCGACGACUUGACAGACGAGCAGUCAUCAGUGACCCCGGUAUCCACACUGAGAAACCCAACCCGGAGUACAGUCAUCCUAUUGUGCAAUGGACUGGCCAAGAUCGCGGGGGAAAUUCAAGACAGGUGUUUUGGGUUAUACCCAGCUUCUUAUGAUGUCGUGACUGAGAUGGAUGAGAAGCUGCUGGCUUGGCAAAGGCAACUGCCGGCUUAUUUUGCCCUGGAGGAUCCGGACUUUGCGAAAGAUGAAACACACUCCUUUCUACCAUGGCAUCGCCUCUACUUGCAUUCGGCUUUCCACUUUGCUCGAAUCACUCUCCAUAGGCCUUAUCUUCUACGUGAGUCUAUUACAAAUCGCUUUCGUCUCAGUCACGAGGCCUGCAUUGCGUCGGCGUCAUCUGACCUCAAAAUUCGGCUGCACUCUGUCAAAUAUGGAAUCGCAGAAAACAUGAGAUGGACAUUGGGAACCCACAAUAUGUUUAACAGUGCCUUGAUUUUAGGUAUUAUUGCUGUUCGCCGCCCGAACCCCCCCCAAACAGCGGCAAUCCUGGACGACCUGCAAGAAUAUUGCGAGAGGCUGAGAGAAGAUGCAUGGCUGAAUGAAUUUGGUCUUGCGGAAGUCAAAGUCGUUGAGCUUUGCAUUGUCCGCACAAAAGAGUUUGCCAAAGGGAGCGACCUCUCUGGUGACAAUGAACACGCCCUGCCAGUGGAUAUAAUGUCAGGCAUUAUGGAUCGUGCCAAUUUCCGGGAAGAAGAUAGUCAAAAGCUCAACUCGGAAACCGAAUUAACCUCGGACCCACAUGCUUUAGGUCCCUCUUCAACCAAUGUGCCCGAGUAUUCCCCGGACAUGAUGUGGCCAGCAAUAUGGGAGGAUCAAAACUUUGCUUUCCCUCAGGCUACAGACCUGGAAACAUGGGAACAAAUGAUUUCGGAGAUUGCAUACCAUGACUAG